UGUCCGCGGGGACGGCCGGGCGCGGGCGCGCGCGGCGGCGGCGGCGCGUUCCGUUCCGGCCGAGGCUCCGGCGGAAAAGUUGCGGGCGGAGAGCGGCGGCCCCGGACAGCAGCGAGCGGGACGUCCGGCCGGUUCCCGGCGCUCGCGGCCCCGCCAUGGACGACCUGGACGCGCUGCUGGAGGACCUGGAGUCCACCACCUCCCACAUCUCCAAGCGGCCCGUGUUCCUGUCGGAGGAGACCCCCUACUCCUACCCAACCGGGAGCCACACGUACCAGGAGAUCGCCGUGCCGCCCCCGGUGCCCCCGCCCCCGUCCAGCGAGGCCCUCAACGGCGCGCUGCUCGACCCCUUAGACCAGUGGCAGCCCAGCGCGCCCCGAUUCCUCCACCAGCAGGCUCUGAGCGUUCUCCUCCCGCAGCCCCAGUCCCUGCCGCCCGCCUACGGCUCCAGUGCCACACCGUGCGGUGCCCCCACGCCCCAGGACGGCCUGGGCCCCCCCUGCGCUCGGGCCGGUGAGGAAGAGCACGUCUACAGCUUCCCCAACAAGCAGAAGUCGGCCGAGCCUUCGCCCACCGUGAUGAGCUCCUCGCUGGGCAGCAACCUCUCGGAGCUGGACCGCCUGCUGCUGGAGCUGAACGCCGUGCAGCACGGCCCCACGGGCUUCCCCGCAGAUGAGGCCAACUCGAGCCCCCCGCUGCCCCGGGCCCUGAGCCCUCACUACGGCGCCCCGGAGGGGAACAGCCUGCUGGCAGGCGGCGCCGGGCCCCCGGCGAAGGAGAAGCCCAAGCGGAACGGGGCCCGCGGCCUGGAGGACGUGCGGCCCAGCGUGGAGAGCCUGCUGGACGAGCUGGAGAGCUCCGUGCCCAGCCCCGUCCCCGCCAUCACCGUGAGCCGCGGCGAGAUGAGCAGCCCCCAGCGCGUCACCUCCAGCCAGCAGCAGACGCGGAUCUCGGCCUCCUCCGCCACCCGGGAGCUGGACGAGCUGAUGGCCUCCCUGUCGGAUUUUAAGACCAGCUCCUCUUCUGUGGCCUUGAACUCCCUGGGGCUGCCGCCCAGCUCAGCUCCAUCCUCACACCACAUACGUCCUUCUCCUUCUCCUCCUCCUCCUCCUCCUCCUCCUCCUCCCGGGCCCUCUGUGCUCUUGCCAUCCACUAUUAAACCCUCCCCUGGAGGCCACGGUCACACUGCAGAGGCCCUCUGCCGAGAGGAUGAUGAGGACGGGCAGGGCCUCUUACCUCCCAUGGCCCCCAGCUGGCUUGAUUUGGCUGGCCUCGGGGUGACACCUGACACCCCCAACCCAAGGUCUCCCCCUGAGGAGGGCUCUCUGGGGCCGCUGGGUGCAGAGAGCCAGGCUCGAGGCUGGAGGGACGCGCUAAACCUCAAGAGUGAGCUCGCCUGGGCUCCCCCGGGCCACACUGGACCCCGAGCCGGGUGUGCAGGUCCCCAGGAGCCGGGAGACCCCGAAGGGCUGUCAGAGGAGGCCCUGGCUGCCACGUGGGAGCAGCCGUGGGCUUUGGAGGCGCUCAGGCCAGAGACCCCCCACAGAGCGACGCCCAGCUUCCAGGAAGCAACGGAGCCAGCCGUCGUGGCCCUAGACUGUCAGGUCGUCUUCCCGGAUACCUGGACUCUCACGAAGCAACGUGGACAGCCGGAGGGGGCCCGGCCGGAGCCCGCGGGGCCGGAGGGCCGCCGCCCGGCUCCUGUGGGCCGGGAGCAGUCGGCUGGAGAGAUGCCGGCGCCCGGGGGGCCUGAGACCGCCCGGAGGCCGGCGGGCACCGCCGAGGCACAGCCGGAGCGUCCACGUGCCGUGGCCCCGGGCUCGCCCGCCACCGAGAGGAUUUCCACCUCCGGCCAGAUCCGCUCCGUGAUCAGGAGGAGCCGGGAGACAGGCCACGCGCACCCCAUGUCCCGGGAGCCCUCCCCUCGCCGCCGGCUGGACCCUGCCACCCUGAGCAGGACCCCCUCCCAGGAGCGGCUCAUCGCAGAGCUGCAGGGCCGGCUGGGCAUCCCGCCCGAGGCGGAGGGGGCGGCGGGGGCCGCGGGGGCCGGCGCCCAGGCCUGGAUGACGGAGGGCGUCGUCAUCACGGUGCAGCCUCGCGGGAGGCGGGCCGAGGGGCAGCUGGUGGAGAAGGUGGUUUUUCCCCCCGGCUCUCCCGUCCCCCUGAGAAGAACCUUCUCUGUUCUGCCUUCUCCUGUCCCUUUCCUCCAGCAUCACAGAGAUGCCUCGGCCAGCAGCCCGUCUCCCCCGCCCGGCCUGCCGGCGCCCUCCCCGCUGGGGCCCUCACCUCUCCCCUGUGCCUCCCCCGGGGCCCAGAGCCCUGGGCCAGGGCCGCAGGGAGGUGUGCCGGGGCCCGCCUCUCCCCUGCCUGCACCCCCCGCCGUGAGGUCCGUGGGCUGCCAGACCGACGAGGACCCGAUGUUCCCCCCGAUGCAGAUCCAGGGCCUGGAACAAAGAGCAGAUGGAGAGCUGUGCUGGGCGGCUGGCUGGCCUCCGAGUGGCAGGCAGAGCAGCCCCGAGGGGCAGGACGAGGGCGGGUUCAUGAACCAGGGGAAGACGGGGAGCAGCUCCCCCCCCGGGGAGCCCCCGAAGCCCGGGAGCCAGCUGGACAGCAUGCUGGGGAGCCUGCAGUCCGACCUCAACAAGCUGGGGGUCGCCACAGUCGCCAAGGGAGUCUGCGGGGCCUGCAAGAAGCCCAUCGCCGGGCAGGUGGUGACGGCCAUGGGGCGGACGUGGCACCCCGAGCACUUCGUCUGCACCCACUGCCAGGAGGAGAUCGGCUCCCGGAACUUCUUCGAGCGGGACGGGCAGCCCUACUGCGAGAAGGACUACCACACGCUCUUCUCCCCGCGCUGCCACUACUGCAACGGCCCCAUUCUGGACAAAGUGGUGACGGCCCUCGACCGGACGUGGCACCCCGAGCACUUCUUCUGUGCCCAGUGCGGUGCCUUCUUCGGCCCCGAAGGGUUCCACGAGAAGGACGGCAAAGCCUACUGCCGGAAGGAUUACUUCGACAUGUUCGCGCCCAAGUGCGGCGGCUGCGCCCGGGCCAUCCUGGAGAACUACAUCUCGGCCCUCAACACCCUCUGGCACCCCGAGUGCUUCGUGUGCCGGGAGUGCUUCACGCCCUUCAUCAACGGCAGCUUCUUCGAGCACGACGGGCAGCCCUACUGCGAGGUGCACUACCACGAGCGGCGUGGCUCGCUGUGCUCCGGCUGCCAGAAGCCCAUCACCGGCCGCUGCAUCACCGCCAUGGCCAAGAAGUUCCACCCCGAGCACUUCGUCUGUGCCUUCUGCCUCAAGCAGCUCAACAAGGGCACCUUCAAGGAGCAGAACGACAAGCCUUACUGUCAGAACUGCUUCCUCAAGCUCUUCUGCUAGGCACCCCGUCGCUCCACCCGCCCCGGCCCCCGGCCCCCGGCCCCCGGCCCGGCCCCCCAACUGCUACUGUGACCCAAGGCCGCCCGGGGCUGGUGGGCCAGGCCCGACCGAAACUGGAACCGUGCCCUGGCUGUGCAGGGUGG